AUGUAUGAAGUCUUUGGAGGAGGAAGUGAAACCACAGCUACAGACAUUGAAUGGGCAAUGGUGGAACUGAUGCGGAAUCCAAGAAUAAUGAAGAAGGCACAAGUUGAGAUACGACGGAGUCUUAAAGGAAAAAAGGAAGUUGAUGAGAAAGAAAUUAAGCAAUUGAAUUUCUUGCACGCCAUUGUCCACAAAACUCUAAGGUUACGCCCUCUUCGUCCAUUAUUGAUAAGAGAGUCGAGGGAACAAUGUGAAAUCAAUGGAUAUGAGCUACCCAAUAAAACUCGAGUCCUCAUCAAUGUGUGGGCUGUGGGCAGAGAUCCUAAUUGUUGGACUAAUGCAGAUUGCUUUAAACCCGAGAGGUUCCUUGGUUCUUCGAUUACUUACACCAGUACCAACUUUGAGUACAUCCCAUUUGGUGCUAGUAAGAGAAUGUGUCUUGGAAUAUCAUAUGCUAUUGCAACCAUUGAAAUUGUACUUGCUCAAUUGCUCUAUCACUUUGACUGGGAACUCCCAAGUGGGAUGAAGGUUAAAGAACUCAACAUGACAGAAACCUACAGAGUUUCUGCAAGAAGAAGGGAUGAUUUUUAUUCUAUCGCCACCCCCGCUCAACAAGAAUGA